AUGAAACUGCUUGAGAAUCAAGGGAUGGUUCAUGGCUUACCUCACUUGGAGCAGAUGUCAGUGGUGUGUGAUGGUUGUAUGCAAGGAAAACAGCAUAGGGAUUCUUUCCCUUUGGAAUCCACUUGGAGAGCUUCAAACCCUUUGGAAUUGGUUCACACAGACAUCUGUGGACCAAUGAAAACAGAAUCGCUAUCUGGAAACAGGUUUUGUGAAGAAUCUGGCAUUCAAAGGCAAUUAACAGUGGCAUACUCCCCUCAGCAGAAUGGAGUAGCUGAGAGGAAGAAUCGAACUGUGGUUGAAAUGGCUAAAUCAAUGUUGCAUGAGAAAGGUGUCCCCUAUGAGUUUUGGGCAGAAGCUAUAAAUACAGCAGUCUAUUUGCUGAAUAGAUGUCCUACCAAGGCUCUCAACAAGGGAUAUAGGCUGUUUGAUCCAAGUACUAGGAAGGUAAUUCUGUCUAGAGAUGUUACAUUUGAUGAAAAUGCCACAUGGCAGUGGGUGAAUACAACUGAAGGAGAGAUGACAGUACCUAUGCCUACUGAAAAUCAAAGCUGUGAACCAAGUCAAAGCUUGGAUACACCACUGCAAAUGGAUGAAGAAGUCACAUUACAAGCUGAACCAAGUCAAAGCUUGGAUACACAAACUCAAAUAGAUGAAGAUACUACUCUGCAAGAUGAAGGCAUAGGUGAAAGUUCUCAUUUCUUUGAUCACACACCAAAGAAAUGGAGAAGUGUAAAUGAAAUCAUGGCUAAGUGUAAUGUGUGUAUUGUCGAACCUGAAAAUUAUGAAGAUGCAGCUCAAGAUGAGUCAUGGAGAAAGGCAAUGGAAGCUGAACUGGAAAUGAUAGAAAAAAAUGACACUUGGAAACUUGUCGAGAGACCAUUUGCUAAACCUGUGAUUGGUGUUAAGUGGGUCUACAAGACUAAACUGAAUCUAGAUGGUACUGUGCAGAAAAACAAGGCUCGUUUAGUGGCUAAAGGCUACUCACAAAAGCCCGGUAUUGAUUACAAUGAGACUUUUGCCCCUGUGGCAAGGCUAGACACCAUUAGGACCUUGAUUGCUCUUGCUGCACAGAAGGAAUGGAGCUUGUAUCAACUAGAUGUGAAAUCUGCAUUUCUUAAUGGAGUUUUAAAGGAGGAAGUAUAUGUGGAUCAGCCACAAGGAUUUGUAAAGAAGGAUGAGGAAACAAAGGUAUACAAGUUACACAAAGCUUUGUAUGGUUUGAAGCAAGCACCAAGAGCUUGGUAUGACGAGAUUGAUGCCUAUUUCAACAAGGCUGGUUUCAAGAAAAGUCCAAGUGAGGCAACUUUAUAUGUUAAGGCAGAAGGUUCAGAUGUUCUUAUUGUUUCUCUAUAUGUUGAUGACAUAGUGUACACAGGUAGCAGCUCUCAAAUGAUUGAAGAGUUUAGGAGAGAUAUGAUGGAACACUAUGAGAUGACAGAUUUGGGAGUAUUACACCAUUUUCUUGGAAUGGGGGUGAUACAGUCUAAACAAAACAUUUUCUUGCAUCAGAGGAAGUAUGGACAGAAGCUGGUUGAAAAAUUUGGUUUGAAAGAUUGCAAAAUAGUGGCUACACCACUUGCAAUGAAUGAGAGGUUAAGUAAGAAUGAUGGAAGUGAGGCUGCAGAUGAAGGAGAAUAUAGACAGAUUGUGGGCAGUUUGCUCUACUUGACUGCAACUAGGCCUGACAUAAUGUUUGCAGCUAGCCUCUUGGCAAGAUUCAUGCACAAUCCCACCAAGAAACACAUGGGAACUGCUAAAAGGGUAUUGAGAUACAUUCAAGGAACAAUAGACUUUGGAAUUGUAUUUGAGAAAGGAAAAGAAACUACUCUUAUUGGCUAUUGUGAUAGUGACUGGGCAGGAAGUGAAGAUGAUAUGAGGAGCACUUCAGGGUAUGCAUUUACUCUAGGAUCUGGUGUGUUUUCAUGGGCAUCGAUUAAGCAAAACACAGUGGCACUGUCCAUUGCAGAAGCAGAAUAUGUCAGUGCUGCAGAAGCUACUUCUCAAGCAAAGUGGCUGAGAUUUGUACUUGAAGAUUUUGGAGAAGAACAGAUUGAAGGAACACAGAUAAUGUGUGAUAACACAUCAGCAAUUGCUAUGGCAAAGAACCCUGUUUUCCACCAGAAGUCAAGGCACAUUAACAAAAAGUUUCAUUUCAUUGAGAAGCAAUUCAAGCCAAGGAGAUAG